CCCCCACAUAAAAUUCCCUUCACUAGUUAAUAAAAGGGACUCUACAUUAGUACAACACGGCCAAAAAUAAAUCUAAGACUGUUAGUCUUCUAUUACCUACAUAUAUCAGUUACUCCAAUUGCGUAGUUCUUGAGUACAGGUAGUAGCUGGUGUAAUUAUAAUUAUGGCUGUCAGCUUUUAAUAUUAAAAGGCUUUCUAUGAAUUCUGCAAUCAACAAAUACAAUCUCCCGAGUCUGCUUUAGUUUUCUAACUUAUUGAGACUGUGGAACCCAUCCCCCCCCCCCCAAUAAAGGCAACCUGGAGGGAUCAAAAAGUAAAACCGAAGGUGCUCGUGUUUACAUUGUGGCAACGGUCUAUACUAACUCCAAGAAAGAGUCCGUUUUUUCCCUAAGGCACUCAGGAGAGUUUUACUAACCCCUUUAUAUUGGACAUACAUAAAGGACCAGACUAUACCCAAAGCGGGUACGGGGUGACAUUAUCUCACGGGUUAGGUUCCUAUCUGGUCUCCUACCGACUUCCCACUCUUCACAUUCUAAACCUCAAUAACCAGGCAGGGAUUGGAGCGGAAGGAGUCAAAUCCUUAAUAGGGAUGGAGGCGGAGGAACUGGGAGUCCACGUCUGACGGCGAGUGAACCCAGGCCCAGUAGUUUGUUUUUAUCGUUGAGAAGGGCAGGCUCAAGCCCCAUGCCAUGCGCUGUUCCCCCCCCCCCAACCCCGCGCCCGGACAUCACACCCCAGCUUCUGCCGCAACCGAAGGCACGCUCCUCUCUUCCCGCGUUCCAAUCCCCUUACCGUCGGACUCGGCACGGACCAGCAGCGACAUCCCCUUGAGCUCCUCGACGGUUGCACGGGCUGCCCUAGCAGGGGCUACGGCGGCCGACGAGCCCAGGGCACAGCACCUCUACGCGGAACACACUUCCGGAGAGCCAAACCUGGCGCUCUCGCGAGGAGGAUGCACUGGGGGCGCAGGCCCGGGAGGGACUUCCUGCUCUUCCGGCCCGCCUCCUGGGCGGGGAGAUCUCGCGAGGUUUUCUGCCUUCUCCAGUGGAAGGUGGCUGCAGCCGUGGUGUUGCUGAGUUCUUCUUGGGGAUUUGCGGGAUGCAUGGCGGGUACGUUCUGCCUGGGAGGUGCGCCCUGGCCACCGUGAGCAGCAGACGACUGUAAGGUUCUACGGAAGCGUUGCCGGUUUCCUGUGGCCCGUCCAGGCGUUCUGCCUGCCAGUAGCCUCGUAGUGCCGGCCAUCGGUCUGCGCCUGAGAAAGGUGGCGGACGGCCCGCCCCUCGGAGACCUCGGCCGGGCGGGCUGAAGACGGGUUCGCGCGGGACGCUCGCGGCUAGUCCUGCCUGUCUAGCCGCCAGUCGGUUCACGAUACGGUCCUUCAGCUCGGCCUGCUCUUGUCUCUAAUCUGAAAAGCAUGGGGAUAAGUGCACAUGGUGACCCCGCGGUGUAUUUCGGGAGUUGUAGUUAUCACUACACUUGCCCGAGUGUGCUUAUGUUUGUUGAGAUUGGUUAGACGUGAACAUUUCACCAGUAUGCUGAAAGGUGGAGCUUGUGUACAGUAGGCGCUUGAUUAAAAAUAGUUUCAAAAUCUGA